AUGAGUAAAAUUAUAACAAAUAUUUCGGAUUUUAAUUUACAAUCAUAUUCGGAUUACGACCAAUCACAUCCAUUUGGGAAUUUUCCAACUGAAACUAACAUUCAGCUUGCUCGUUGCCCACAAUGUGGAGUAUUAGUUACAGAUUCUUCUUUAGAAAUUCAUUUAAAAACGCAUACAAAGUUAUUAAACGAAAGUAAAGUCCAAGUAAAUUAUAGAUUCCCUACAACUUCUCCAUUUCAUCUCCCAUUUCACUGUGCAUAUGAAGAAAAAUGGAACUACGUAGCAAGCCAUUUAGAAGAAUAG